GGUUCGAUUUGAGUCGAGUUUCAGGUUCAGGAGAAGCGAGAAGCGAGGAGAGAAGCAAGCUGCAAACAGUCGAAACAACCGGCCCGCAGGAAAUUUACGAAGUUUUUCCUUCCUUUCACGUCCAUCAAGUUUCCAGUGUUAGCAAAAUCUUACCUCUCUAAGCCCCAGCAUUUUCCGCGCGUAUUGUAAAGUCGAGAAAACAGCGUGGUACUUCCUAUCGCACUUUUCUUGACGCUUUAGUUGACUGUUAAUGAGAAUUGAAUCAACCAACUCUGUUUGCUUCUAACUGGCGAAGAUUCGUUGCAGUAUUCCAGGAAGUCGUCCUUGACUCGUGUUGCAGGUGCUAGAGAAGGCACUGACCCAACACAAGGAUGUCAUACCCAGGACGACCCCCAAUGGUGCCAGGGAUGGCCGUGCCGCCUCCUGGGAUGAACCCUUUGCCCUACAUGGGAAUGGGUGGUCCUCCGCCAAUGAUGAUGCCUCCUCAUCUGAUUCCACCUCCAAUGCCUCCGAACGCCCCUUCAAACUCAGUUAUUAGGGCAUCGUUCAGGCCAAACAUGAACAACCAGGCGCCUCGACCACUGAUGUCUAAAAGGGUAGCUGAACCUUCAUCCUUGCAGGCUGUGACAGUAUUCGUGGGCAACAUCACUGAGAGGGCGCCAGAUGCCAUGAUUAGGCACAUCCUCUCAGCAUGUGGUACAGUUAAUAGCUGGAAAAGGGUGCAAGGCACAUCUGGCCGAGCUCCAGCGUUCGGGUUUUGCGAAUAUGCCUCACCUGACAGUGGACUUCGAGCUGUUCGACUGCUGCAUGACUUUGAAAUUGGAGGCAAAAAAUUAGUAGUCAAAGUUGACACAAAGACGAAGGAAGUUCUUGACGAAUUUAAAAAUGAAAAGAGACAGAAGCUCGGCAGGAGCAACAGCGGUUCAUCUCCCUUGCAAGACGAAGCCCCAACAGCGGCUGAUGAAGAGAGUAAUGAUUACAUGGACGAUGAGAUGAAGGCAGUUGACUCAUCAGCACUGAGUAGGAUUUCCAACAUCAUGAACGACUAUAAUAAAGACAUAGAAAACUACACCCCGCCAAUGAAAAGAUCCGGCAACAAAGACAAAAAUUCAACUAAACCUCAAGAGAACUUUCUCAAAUUGGCCCAAGGAUCCAUGCAACAAGGAAUUGAUGGAACGCCAGACUUUGACGAUGGAGAGAUGGAAGAGGGCAAACGGGACCUAAUCACCAGAGAGAUUGGCAAAUUCAGAGAAAUUAUGAAGAAGCAGGAGGAAGAAAAGGAGCUUGAGAGAAGACGUCGCGAAGCGCGGGAUAAAGAGCGGCGUGACCGAGAUGGAGGACCCAAGUCGCCGUACCAUCGAAGGGACCGCGCUUCACCCUCGUCUCCACCGCGAAACUCAAGGUCGCCUCCCCCGCUGCCCUCUCGUUCCAGACGCACCUCAGCCUCACCUCCUCCCCCGCCAAGGUCGCGACCUCAGCCACCCUCAAGAAGCCCAUCGCCAGAAGGCUCAUUCUCCAACAAAUUGCGUGCGAAAGCAAGAAGCGAGCGAGAGUGGAGACGAUCGCGAUCGAGGUCCAGGGAAAGAGAUCGUGAAAGAGAAACUGAUGUUAAGCGAAGUGAAAAACAAAUACAGAGGGACAGAGAAUUGGAGGAAGAGGCAAAAGAAAAGAAGAAGUCUGAAAGAAAGGCCAGAGAGAAGGAGGCAGCGUAUCAAGAGAGACUUCGAAACUGGGAAAACCGAGAAAAGCGGAAAGCAAAGGAGCACAGCAAGGAGAAGGAUAAAGAAAGAAAGCAAUCUGAAGAAAUGUCUAAAGAGGGAAGACGACUGAAAGAAUUUUUAGAGGACUAUGACGAUGAGAGGGAUGAUCCCAAAUUUUACAAGGGCCGGGAGCUUGGCCGACGCCUUGCACUGCGGGAGCAGGAAAUCGAGGCUGAUGCCAGGGACCGAGCCAAAGAGCGCGACGAGCUGGAGGAAAUCAAGGCACAAAUAUUCUCUGACAAGGAGUGCACGAACCCGCUGGCAGAAUUUGAAAAAAUAAAGCAAAACCACGACGCCCUGUAUCAGCCGAAGAUCUUGGUGAAGGUGGAAAGCAAGCAGGCGUCUCAGGUACGUCCUGGAAACUCGCCCAGCCUGGAAAACGAGGGCUCACUUUCAUCCAUGCCAUCAAAGAACGCCUCACCUUGGAAACCACCUCAGGAUGACAUUUCCACCUCAGCUAUGAUGUCGCCACCGCAACCAGCAACAUUCCAUCAACAGAACCUUGCCGAGCAGGAGGACAGCCAGCUUUCAGCUGUUUCUCAGACAUCCAUGGAAAUGGACGUUUCAUCCCCUGUCGGCGGUGGCGACUCGUCAUCGAGAGGAUUCUCAAACUGGAACAAAUCUCCAUCUAACCGAGAGAUCGGCGCAAAGGUUUCCUCACCAGGUCACAGCAAUGCAGCUCCUCCAAACAAGAGAAAGAAACUAGAAAUCAAAGAAGUGUUCAACACUGAAGAUGACGAUGACAGCAGUUUGGGCGCUGGUGCAAGCAGGAAGCGAAAACCUCUAGUUCCUUUAGAUUACGGCGAAGAAAAGGUGCUGAAAAAGAAAGAUGCUGAGGCCAGCAAUUCAAAGGUGUCACAAGAGGAAAAGAGGAAACACAUCAAGUCACUUAUAGACAAAAUACCUACAGAUAAAGAAGCUCUAUUUGCAUUUCCUAUUGACUGGGGUGCUGUGGACUCGAACCUCAUGGAAAAGCGAAUCAGGCCAUGGAUCAACAAAAAAAUUAUCGACUAUAUUGGAGAACCAGAGCCUGCCCUUGUCGAUUUUAUUUGCUCCAAAGUAAUUUUAGGAAGCGACCCCAAGGGGAUUCUUGAUGAUGUGCAAAUGGUUUUGGAUGAGGAAGCUGAAGUAUUUGUGGUAAAGAUGUGGCGACUACUCAUCUACGAAAUUGAAUCUAAAAAACUUGGACUUGUUAAAUGAUAAGGGAGCACAACAACUGUCUAUUUCUAGUUUUGGCAUAUUCUAAUGUGUUUUGUCAAAACCAAUGAUUUACCCUUACUAUCAUUUCAAAUAUAUUAUUUGUUAUGUAAAUUGCAAUCAUUAAACUAAUAAGUCAGAGAAAUGUG